GGCAGACCCGGACAGCGGGAGUGCCAGCCUAGGCUUGCUAGGCAGAGGUGGCAGAGGUGGCCUUCGCCUGGGGUCUCGGUUCUGCUUGUGCGCGAUUUUGGCACCAUGGAGGGGUCCCAAGAAGCUCUGAGUGGGAAAAUGCGGCUCCUUUUCACCCCUGCAGCUCGGACCAGCCUCCUGAUGCUUAGACUCAACGAGGCGGCACUACGGGCACUUCAAGAGUGUCAGCAGCAACAGGUACGGCCAGUGAUUGCUUUCCAAGGCCACCGAGGGUAUCUAAGGCUCCCAGGCCCUGGAUGGUCCUGCCUCUUCUCCUUCAUAGUAUCACAGUGUGGCCAAGAGGGCACUAGUGGUGGCUUGGAUCUUGUGUACCAACGCUUAGGCAGAUCUGGGCCUAACUGCCUCCAGUGCCUAGGCUCACUCAGAGAGCGACUCACUAUUUGGGCAGCCAUGGAUACUAUCCCAGCUCCACUGUUAGCUCGGGAACACCUGACUGAAGAUCCCAGAGAGUCUGAGACUUGGCAGGACACAGGAGAUGAUCCUGAAGGCCAUCCCCAGUUGGCACUAGAAGAGGUGUCAGAUCCACUGGCAAGCAACUCUGAACAGUCACUCCCAGGAUCCUCCAGUGAACCCAUGACACAAUGGGAAGCCAGGAACCACACCUAUCUUCCAAACAGAGAACCCGACCAGCCACGGCCUUCCCCUGCCAGCCAGAAACGCCUGGACAAGAAGCGUUCAGCGCCUAUAACCACUGAAGAACCAGAAGAAAAGAGGCUCAGAGCUCUGCCUCUAGUCCCAAGUCCACUACAAGAGCUAUCAAAUCAAGAAUCACAAGAGGGAGAAAACUGGGUGCCUGAUGAAGAUGAAGAUGGAGAUUCCAGGCUGGAGCAGAAUCUCUCAGUUCAAGCAGCCUCUGAAUCCCCAAGCCCAGAGGAGGUACCAGAUUAUCUCCUGCAAUACAGAGCCAUCCACAGUGCAGAGCAGCAACAGGCCUAUGAGCAGGACUUUGAGACAGACUAUGCUGAAUACCGAAUCCUGUAUGCCCGUGUCGGGGCUGCCAGCCAAAGGUUCACAGAGCUGGGGGCGGAGAUCAAGAGACUUCAGCGAGGAACUCCAGAACACAAGGUGCUAGAAGAUAAAAUAGUCCAGGAGUAUAGAAAGUUCAGAAAGCGGUAUCCAAGUUACAGGGAAGAGAAGCAUCGCUGUGAGUACCUGCAUCAGAAACUAUCCCACAUUAAAGGUCUCAUCCUGGAAUUUGAGGAAAAGAACAGGGGCAGUUGAAACUAUCCAGGACUCUCGAGCCUGUCCCCAGCGAUGAACAAGACAGCUACCAGGUGGAGCUCAUUUGCUUUUCUGAUUCUGACCCUUCCGUCCAGGGGGCAAGUAGAGUCAUGCUAGGUUCUUGCAGUUUGAUUUUUGUUGUUGCCUUAAAAUUUUGAGGGUGUGGGCACGGAGUCAGGUCUCCUCAGCUGUGCCCGGGAGACUAGGAAAGUAGCUGACGCUUGGCUUUUUCAACUUUACUUCAGCGAAGUCAUUUUCAGAUCCUGAAAAAUGACAUUUCCAGGUCAACACACACUGAGAAUAUAAUAUUAAGCAAGUGAGUUUAGUUGAGUGGCCUUGCAGGAACAAAAUGAGAACUUGUGUUACAGCAUACCUAGAUGUAAGGGAAAGGGCUUGCUUGGCAUUACUAAUGUACUGUAGUAACACGACUGAAAAAUGAAAACCAA